AUGGUGGCAGUGGUCUCACUGAUUGCAUAUCUAGUCAGUCUACUUUCCUAUCGAUUUCUCAGCCAUCUUCUUUCGGAACCUGUUAAAAAUGUAUUUAUUGGAGCUCCAGCUCUCACUUUUAAAGAAAGUCUCACAGCUCAAACUCUCGAACAAGAAAAAGCAAAAAAAAGAAUUUCAGCUAAGGAAAAACAAAAGAGAGCUCUGGAAGACUUUUUUCGAGACACUGGAGGCAAAGUGACCGAUUUAAGAGUAUUGAGAAGUGCCAUGUAUUUGAGUGAUGAAAUUGAUAAAGCAGUUCGAGGCAUUGACGAUGAUGACGAUGAAAGCGGUAAUGGCAGCUCUAUAUCCAAAAAACGAACCUCGUAUGUGGGAUGGCGACCCUAUAAUCGUUUCUACGCUGAAGGUACCGAAGAAUUAUUUACCAAUGUUCCUACAGGUCGUUCUCCUUUGGUCAUGGCAGCUCCCACAGCCGAUAAAUCGACCAUGUUAAAAUCACUCGAUUCAGAUCAAAGAACACCAUUACCCAUUGAAUAUCAAGCCAUGAGGAGGUCUCAUUUGAAGCUUGUUGGAAGACAAUUGAAAGAAUUCGAGCAGGAACAAUUGAAAAGUCUACAGCAAUCAGAAAUGGCUCUUCCUUCUUCUCCUUCUUUGGAUGUAUCUUCAAAGAAGAAUUUAACACUCUCCUCAGAAUCUACAGAAAGUAUUCAAAGUAGAUAUCAACGUCAAGAACGAAAACACACUGCAGUAUCGGAUCUUCUCAAACCAAGAAAUGAUCAAUAUGAACCACCUGCAGUUUCUGAUGAUUUAAGGGUGGGAGCUUAUCAGCGCUAUCAACCUUUGGACAGUAGUUCGGGUUCCAUUAAGAAACAAUUACUCAAGUUUGAAGGAGAUAUUUCAGAGAGACGACCUGAUUUGGAUUACAAGUUUGAAAUGGAAUGA